AUGGGCAAGCGGAAUCCAGUUGAAUCUGCAUUAUAUCUUGAUCUUCGCUUCCAACAUUUGAUGUCUGAAGAAUCUAAAUCAAGAGCAGUAGUUCAUUUAAUUAAAACAUGGGAAUUGUUGAAUCGUUUAAAAAAUCGUUUUCCAACCUCUACAGUUGAAACGGAGGAUAACAGCGUUAACUCUAAUACAUAUGACAAAAGAAUAGAUGAUGACACAGAUGAUGAAUUUCAGGUAUAUUUGAACUCUCUAUCAAAUUCACAAGAAUUCCCAGAAUCAAGUUCUUCCACAACGACCACAAGUUAUAGUACAGCUACUCCCAUUAGAAUCAUUCUUAAUACUUUUGAAAAUUCAACCAAAAUGCCAUAUAGUGAGGAUAUAAUUGCUUUUUGGAAAAAUAAAAAAAAUGAAAUGCCAGAGCUAUAUCAGCUUUCAAAAAUAUUUAUGGCAGUACCAACCACCCAGGUGUCUGUAGAAAGAUUAUUUUCAUCAUUAAAGUUUAUUUUGAAUGAUUUACGGUCAAAUUUAGGAGCAAACGUUCUUGAACAAAUAAUGAUACUACGAUCAAACUUAGUAAUUUAG